GAUGUGACUGGCGCCCCGGGCUGGUGCCCUGAACCAUGGCCGACACCAUCUUCGGCAGUGGGAACGACCAGUGGGUUUGCCCCAAUGACCGGCAGCUGGCCCUGCGAGCCAAGCUGCAGACAGGCUGGUCUGUGCACACCUACCAGACAGAGAAACAGAGGAGGAGCCAGAGCCUCAGCACAACAGAAGUGGAGGCCAUCCUGCAGGUCAUCCAGAGGGCUGAACAGCUGGACAUUAUGGAGCAGCAGAGAAUCGGGAGGCUGGUGGAGCGACUGGAGACCAUGAGGCGGAACGUGCUGGGGAACGGCCUCUCGCAGUGCCUGCUUUGUGGGGAGGUGCUGGGCUUCCUGGGCAGCUCGUCGGUGUUCUGCAAAGACUGCCGAAAGAAAGUCUGCACCAAAUGUGGGAUCGAGGUCUCCCCUGGCCAGAAGCGGCCCCUGUGGCUAUGUAAGAUCUGCAGUGAGCAAAGAGAGGUCUGGAAGAGAUCGGGGGCCUGGUUCUACAAAGGGCUCCCCAAGUAUAUCUUGCCCCUGAAGACCCCUGGCCGAGCGGAUGACCCUUACCUCCGACCUUUGCCCUUGGAGCCUCCAGAGCCUCAGCCCCGAAGCACUGAGGCCAGCCGCGUCUACACGUGGGCUCGAGGGAGAGUGGUUUCCAGUGACAGUGACAGCGACUCGGAUCUCAGUUCCUCCAGCCUAGAGGACAGACUCCCACCCACUGGGGUCAGGGAUACGAAAGGUGACAAACCUGGGGUGGAAUCGGGUGGCAGUGUGGAGUCCCCCAGGAUGGAGCUUGCUCACCCACCCAGCCAACUCUCAGGGAGCCAGAGCAGCCUGGCCAGCGAGACUGGGGUGGGUUCUGCAGACCUGCUGGGGAGCACCCUGACCCGGCCCGAGCCCAAGGGCUCUGGCAAGAGACACACCUGGGCGAGUCCCCGCUGCUGAUGUGGCCUUGGAGGGUCCCUUCAGCCCACCCUGGGUUGAGGUGUGUUUGGUGUAUGAAGCCAACUUUCCAGUGGAAGAUUUUGACAGAGGGAGAAAGCUGGAGUCCUCACCAGCACCCCAGUGGCCUUGAUCUCUGACUUAACAAACCAGUGUUUGGGGGCUGAGUCUUCUUGCCCCCACCCAGUGCCUUUCUGUACCCCCUCGCCAGGAGUCCUCGCCCACCACUCCAUCCCAGCCCCUCCACUCAGCCCUGACCUGUAUUUAUUGUCUCCCCCCACACUCCAGUCUCCCCCAGGUUUAAGUUUCAGGUCUUGGGCUGGACUGGAAGGGCCUUGGCCGCCUUGCCUUGUGGGCCCUUCCCAUAUGCACUGCACCAUCAGUGGGGCCGCCCCAAGGGGCUUUCUCCAUAUUGGUAUCAAUGGUGAGAAGAACUGUAACUCAAGUAUUUCCCGUCAGGGCUGAGGGUGGCCCUCCAGGGAGUGUGGAGCCCAGAGCAGGUGGGAGGAGCGACCUGUCACCUUUCCCUCUCCUUCAGUGCAGGGGCCCCAGCAGUGUCCAGGGCCAGCCUGGAGCCCUGUUUAACUUGGCCCCUUGUUAGGUUUCUUUGAAUCCCACCACUGGCCUCCCAGUUGUUGCUCAGCCAGAGCCCAUGGCCCCCGACAUUAAGUCACUUCUCUUCAGAAGAUUCCAGGUGGCAUGGAAAAUACUCAUAUGCUUCUGGAAAACCCAUCCCUGAAAAGAAAAAGUGUAUCUGUAUGUGUGUUGAUGUCCACCCCUUCCCUGCCCUGCAGCCCCACAACCCACUUCAUCUUGUUCUUGAAGGACCUGUUCUCCAAGCUGGGAGCUCUCAGGCCUCCACUAUUAGCCUUUUGCCCUUGUUACUCACUGUUUCCCUGUGACAUG